AUGCAGCUUCCCAGUAACUCGAUAUCAGAGGAUGAUUAUCUCUCGGCUACAGGUCGUGAAGAAGGCGAAAUCGAGUGGAUGCUAUUCGGUAUUUAUGACGGACACGCUGGAUGGGAAACAGCAGCGGCACUUCGUGGCUACCUUUUUACUUAUAUAGCUUACGAGCUGGAAGCCAUCUCAUCGACGGGUGCCCCGAGCGACGCCGCUCCUCAGGAUGUCGACCGGGCGAUCGAGAAGGCCUUUCUCAAGCUUGACAAAGAAAUCAUGGAUCAAGGUGCUACAGCAAUUACUGGGCCAAGUUUUCUUAAUGAGGCAAUGUCUCGGCUAGGCCCGGCUUACUCUGGAUCCUGUGCCCUAGUAUCAUACUAUCAUACCGAGUCGCAGAUACUGAAAGUAGCGUGCACGGGUGACUCACGCGCCGUCCUCGGUCGACGUAAUGCUGCAGGUGAAUGGGAAGCAAUAGCUCUCUCAAGCGACCAGACAGGUCAUAACAAGGAUGAAGUUGCAAGACUGCAUAAAGAACACCCAGACGAACCCAAGCUUGUGAAAGAUGGAAGAGUUCUAGGUUUGAUGGUAUCGCGGGCUUUUGGGGAUGGUAGAUGGAAGUGGUCGCGUCAAGUGCAAGAGGAAGCACAGAGAAGGUUCUUCGGUCCGCCACUUAGGGAACCUCUCAUUUCGCCACCUUAUCUCACAGCGUUGCCGGUGGUGACUACCACCAAGAUUGAACCGGAGAAUGGAGACUUCCUUAUCAUGGCAUCAGACGGGUUAUGGGACCAUCUCACAAGCGAGCAGGCGGUCGACUUAGUAAGCCAAUGGCUCAAGACCCAUGAUGUUACAAAGGAUGUUUCCCCUCCAGAUCUGGCCCCCACACCCAACGCUAUUCCUGCGCGUGAGAUCUCGAGUCGACGCAACCCAAAUCCAAACAUGGCGUACACCGACAUUCGAACCGCCGAUGCAAAGCACUUCGUAAUGAGAGACGAGAAUGCGGCCACUCAUCUAACUCGAAAUGCAUUAGGGGGAGGCAACGAGGACAUGCUAGCUGGCCUGCUGACCGUCAGUCCUCCGUACUCGAGGAACGUGAGGGAUGACAUCACAGUGAAUGUAAUCUUUUUCGGAAAGGAUGACACAACAAUAUAG